AACGCGAAAUCAAAAAACGACAGCCUUGCCCGGAGACGGGCACAGGCGCUAGCAACGUCGAAAACAAUUUCCGGAUCGUCGGCCGCGCACGAUCGAAGAUAUUUGUACUCAGCUACCAUAUCAGGUUUUCUGUACAGCGUGAGUCACCUUUCGUAGAACUACAGAAAUCUUUGCCGGGAGCGCAAGGGCCCGCCCACAUUUUUCCCAUAAGGCCUUGGUUCCAUAAACAGAAAUCUGACGUCUGGAAAAUACGACAGGUCAAAACAGUCAGCUAGCACCUCGGGAGAUUUCCUCCUGGGACCUGUGGAUGUACCCAAACCGUCUGCAAAUAACGUUAAAGUGAACGUGUAUUAUUGUAUUCUGGUGUCGUCUUUGCUGAAUCUGAAUACUUGCUUGCGGGGUCCCUUGCUAAUACUAGCUAGCUGGCAGUCUAGCCAGCUUGUCAGUCGAGAAGUAGCUCUUUCUGUAACCAAAUAACAAACGGGAAUAUCUGGAUAAUGUCUGGGCCAAACGGGGAUCCGAACAUCUCGAUCGACGAUUGUAUUAUCAACGACGAAGACGAAUUCGGCGAAGAAGAGUACGCUGCCGUCAACUCCAUGCUAGAUCAGAUCAACUCUUAUCUAGAUGACCUGGAGGAGCGCAAUGAUGCACUCAACGGCAAACUGCAUGAACUCCUGGAGUCCAACCGGCAAGCCCGGCUGGAGUUCAGGGCCCAACUGCUCGGCGCCCCAACCCAGGAGGAGCAUCAUCCUGCGGACGGGGACUCCUCAUCCAGCAAGGAGGGCCUGGGCGAGGACGGUGGGGGACUGAGUUCAGCAAAAUGCAAGGAUAGAAAUAUUCAUGAAAGUGGCUCGACUUCUGACCUCUGUUUUUCGGACUAGUGAACCCUGAUCUCCAUAGUCCACGCGUGUCUGAUUCUCCUGUGAAUUUACACGCCAUCAGCAGACGUGUGUACAACCAUAUUUUGCUCAACUCAAUGCAGGUUUUCUCCUGUGUGCUGACGUUUGGUUCCUGAGCAGAGUGGAGUUUAUUGACCUCUAGCAACUUCUCGCACAAGUUGGACAUCAGUUACUUUGCACUCUGUUGCAGACUUGCUGAAAUCUAAGUCAGGUGUGUUGCCAUGUAAAAAGCUGCGUCCCUCUGUGCAGAGUUGUGUUCAGGUUCGUGUGAGACAUCAUGAACCCAUUCCUAAAGUCAGAAACAUCUCAGAUUUAAAAAAAAAAAAAAAAAAAAAAAAAGGGUAAUAAAAAAGGUGUGGCAUCAUUCAUUAAUCUAUACUCAAACUACAGGAUCGUGCUCAGAUUCCUGACAUAAACAUCAAUGUUUGAUCUCACCGGAGGGUUUGACUUGUCUGGCUUUUUUUUGCCAGGAGGCAAGAGAUUGCAAUGCUUAGCCUCUGCAGACCAUUAUUCGCUGAUGUCCAUGGUGAUCCGCACCAUAUGUACAACCAAAUGUUAUACAGAUCAGCUUAUGAAUCAGUCCUCAUGACCGAUCAGUAGUGUGUUUCUGGCUUCAGAGAAAGCCUCCACUGAGUGUCGACAUCAGCUUUGUAAUAGCUGUACAAUCUCUAUAAUUGCUGUAUGUAUUAUCCCCGAAAAUAAAUAUGCAACAUUCCAGAUGUCUAGAAAUGUUUGUUUGAUCUCCGGCAUUACUGUAAAUCUACACUGUGCUGUCCUGUUCAUUUUCUUAUAUCUGUUUGAACUAAGUGAUGGAGCCUGAAAAGCGUUUGUAUAUGUUUAGUGACAGCAAAUAAAGUCAAAAUUAAGUCAGCAAAGUGCGGGAACAGUCGAACAUUUUAAUAUAAAUUAAAAUGACCCCCAAACAGAAAACAAACAUCCAAAAAUACAUGAAACUUCCAGCAAUUAGAAAACAUCACUUGUUUGUUCAACGCAGUUUGUCAGUAGCUGAAUAAAAAUACAAGAAACGUA